GCUCCGAGAAAGUCAGAGCCCAACGGCACCUCCUCCUAUACCACGCGUUGUGCAUGACUCUGUCGCAAGGAGUUGCUCACGAUACCACAACACCGGAACGACCUCGGAAAGGACUCUACGACUCAGCGACAUCCCUCCCCUUGGUCAGGCAGCAAUUCGCACCACAGCCAAAAGACGAGUCACCCCCACAUGCACCGACAGCGAAUCCCACAACGCCGGCGCAUACUGAACACAACAUAAUAUAACCCACUUAACUUCAGCCCAGCAUGGGUGACCAGGAGGACUUCUCACAGCUGCCGCUGAUAGAGCAGUUCCAGCACAAGAACUGGAAGGCUCGAAAGGGCGGCUACGAAACUGCCACGAAGGAAUUCAAGACCGCGCAACCGACGGACGCCAUUGUCAAGGACUUCACAUUCGACAGCGGGAUAUGGAAGGGCGCAGUGGGUGACGCAAACGCUGCGGCACAGCAGGAGGCGUUGGUUGCAUACAAUGAGUUUCUGAAUGCAGCAGGCGCAGAUGGUGCGCGCAAGACGAGGAAUCAGACAGUCGCGCCUGCCGUGGAGAAGGGCCUUACAGGAAGACCGGCAGCGAAGGCGGCAGCGCUGGAGGCGAUCUUGCUAUUGAUCGAGCUGGACAAGCCUGAUCCGGUCGUGGAAGAGCUGCUGCCAUUUCUGUCACACAAAACGCCGAAGAUGAUUGUGGCAGCACUUUCCGCGCUCAAGGAGAUCUACCAUGCAUACGGUUGCAAAGUCGUCGAGCCAAAGCCUGUUCUCAAGCUGAUGCCUAAGAUGUACGGGCAUGCGAACAAGGAUGUGCGCGCUGAGGCCCAAGCUCUCACGGUCGAGUUGUACAGAUGGCUGCGCGAGGCCAUGAAGCCGCUCUUCUGGGGUGAGCUGAAAGAGGUGCAGCAAAAGGAUCUGGACAAGCUGUUCGAGCCAGUACAGGCAGAGCCGGCACCACAGCAAGAACGUCUCCUUCGAUCACAGCAGGCUGCGAAAGAGCGACAAGCAGAGGCGGCGGCAGCUGCAGGUGGCGAAGAAGAUGAAGGCGAGGACGAGGGCGCAAUCGAUCUGGAGCCCGAGUACGAGGCUGUGGACGUUUUGAAGAAGAUUCCAGGAGAUUUCAACGACCGGAUAGGCAGUACGAAGUGGAAGGACCGCAAAGAGGUCAUGGACGAAGUAUUUGCAGUGGUGAACGUUCCAGCAAUCCAGGAAGGCUCUUUCGACGAUCUCAUCCGAGGGUGCGCGAAAAGUAUGAAGGAUGCCAACAUUGCAGUGGUCACAGUCGCUGCAAACGUGGUCGAGGCGCUCGCCAAGGGUCUAAAGAAGUCAUUUGGCAAGUACCGAAGUCAAAUACUUGCAUCGAUGCUCGAGCGUUUAAAGGAGAAGAAGCCGACAGUCACCGACGCGAUCGGGGCAGCCUGCGACGCCGUGUUUGCGGCCACCAGCCUUGGUGAUGUCCAAAGUGACAUUCUGGAAGCACUGAAGAACAAGAACCCGCAAAUUAAGGAGAACACCGCCAAAUUUCUCGCACGCGCGCUGAAAACGACUCGGGAUGCACCAACUCCAGAGCAGACGAAAGAAGUUGCGGAAGGAUGCAAGAAGCUUUUGACGGAAAGUGCGGCACCGCUGCGAGAUGCUGGCGCUGAAGUACUUGGAAUUCUCUGGAAGAUCAUGGGCGAUCGAAACAUGCUCGCACAUCUCGAGGGGUUGGAUGAUAUCCGCAAGACGAAAAUUACGGAAAUGCGCGAUGCUGCAGAAGUUCGAGCAAAAUGGAAGCCGAAGGCCGCGCCAGCACCCAAAGCAGCAGCAGCAGCCCCGGCAGGCAAGAAGCCAGCGCUUGGGACAAGAAGACCAGCAGCAGGUGGUGUUAAGAAGUCAGCGCCUCCGAAGGCGGUUAGUCCACCUCUUACCGAAGACGCACCUUUGCAACCGCGCCCCACGACACGACCUGGCGUCAAGCCGCCGGGUGGACUCAGACCUCCAGGAGGGCUCAAGCCACCGAGCUCCGGGUAUGGCAAAGCACCUGCUGCUGGUGCAGCCUCACCGAAGCGCCAGGGCGUUAUAUUGGACGAGCCUCCACAGGUGCCUACAACUCCCCGCGCUGGUGCUGGUCGUGGUCUUGCAGGUAGAUCACUAGCCAAGCCGGCUGCUGCGCCAGCCUCACCGCCAGCACAACGACAACCAGAAUCAACAUCGUCAGCACUGAGCCAGAUCGAGCGGCAAGAGUUGACAGAUCUCCGGGCAGAAAUCGACCUUGUGCGAGAACAGGCAUCCACCCUACGCAACGAGAAACUAAGGCUUUCUUCACAAGUAUCGGAGCUCCAGGUCCAGAAUGCACAGCUUAUUGAAGAUCACACGCGAGAUGUAUUGCAAAUUAAAGCUAAGGAGACGCAAUUGGUACGAGCUCGGUCAGACGCCGAAUCUGCAGAGGACCGUGCCAACAGUCUUUCGCGCGAGAUCGACAGGCUGAAGCGCGAAAUUGCCAGACUGGGCCGAUCGCCUGCUGGUCGUGACAGUCCUGUCGAUGGCUAUGGCAGUGGCCCAGCUUCACCGCCACCACAGCCACGGCCCAGCUACGGCACGCAGAGAACUUAUGGUGUUCCAAGCUCGCGCGCGUAUGGUAAUCUCGACGCUGCUAAUGGGUACUCGAACGGUGAAGGUAAGGAGAACCGUCCGAGGACUUUGUCAGACGAUAAGCUAAGAGGUGGUGCUGGUGCAGGUAUCGAACGACCAAGCUCGAGAGCCCUGUCAGGAGGAUCAAGUGGCCGAGCCACACCGAAUGGCGAUGGUGCUAGCAGUCUGAGGGGCAGUCAAGGUGGUGGUGACGGCGUGGAGAGCUGGCGGAGAGCUGCUGAAGUAACCCAAAAUCUCAAGGCGCGGAUCGAGAUGAUGAAGGCUCGCCAAAAUAUCGGACGUGGACAAUAGAAUGGCCACAACGAUGCUGUCGACCAGGGCACUCACUACUCUGCGCUACCUCGCAGCCGCGUUGCCUCGUCUCAGGGAGCGCCAGCGAUGCACACACGCACGACAUCUGCUUUUCAGCCCGAAAGCGAAGCGGACAUUCAGCACACAGGCAACUCACCUGGACCUGAAAGCACAAGCCACGACGGCCACCCCGAUCUUCAGCAUUCUUCAUAAUCACCCCUUUCGUACUUCUUCUCACAUAUUUCGACUUAAUCCUGCGACGACCGGAGACGACUAGCAUGCGAGUGGUGGGAUUAGCAUUGGAGGAUCAGAACACAUGGCGUACACGGAGCGUUGCAUGCGAGCGAAGGUCUUUCUUGGGAUUUUUGGUUUUACCGUUUGAAUGCUGCGGCAGUGAAGAAAGGAAUGGAAGCGAGUGACUUCGUUCAAGUGGACGAUGUUUUGUUUUGCUUUAUGCAUGAUACCAGCUUUUUUCUUCUGUUCUUCUUUCACCGUAGGGAGGGGAAGCUGGUGGGGAAAGGGGGUAUCGGAGAGCGGAGCGGUAGUGAGAGUGCAGACAGAGUAUAUACUGUUUGGCAUGAAGUUGGAG